AAGAGCCGCCGGGACAAGUUCUACCGCCUGGCCAAGGAGACCGGGUUUCGCUCACGAUCCUCCUUCAAGCUGAUUCAGCUCAAUCGCAAGUUCCAGUUCCUGCCGAAAUCCCGCGCGCUGCUGGACUUGUGCGCAGCCCCCGGCGGCUGGCUGCAGGUGGCCUCCAAGUUCAUGCCCGUUUCCAGCCUCAUCGUUGGGGUGGAUUUGGUCCCCAUUAAGCCCAUCCCCAACGUGGUGACGCUGCAGGAGGACAUCACCACGGAGAAGUCCCCACGCCUGCUAAACCCCGACAGCCAGGCCCUGGGCAAGGAGCUGCAGACGUGGAAGGUGGACGUGGUGCUAAAUGACGGGGCUCCCAACGUGGGGGCCAGCUGGGUGCACGACGCCUACUCCCAAGCCAACCUGACGCUCAUGGCCCUGAAGCUGGCCUGCGAAUUCCUUUCCAAGGGCGGCUGGUUCAUCACCAAAGUUUUCCGCUCCCGCGACUACCAGCCCCUCCUGUGGAUCUUCCAGCAGUUCUUCCGCAAGGUGCAGGCCACCAAGCCGCAGGCCUCCCGCCACGAGUCGGCGGAGAUCUUCGUCGUCUGCCAGGGAUAUCUGUCUCCAGAUAAAAUCGACAGCAAAUUCUUUGAUCCAAAAUUCGCCUUCAAGGAAGUUGAGGUUCAGGCCAAAUCUGUGACCGAGCUGGUGACCAAAAAGAAACCAAAGGUACAAGUGACUGGGAGCAGGGUGCCACACACAAGGUUGAGGAGAGGGGGUCACAGCUCGGAGCGGGGCUGGGGGGGGCUGUGGCACACCUGUCGGGCCCCCAACCCCGUGGAUUUCCUCUCCAAGGCCAAUGAGCUACCGUGUACCCCGGAGGCGCCUGGACGCUGGCAGCUCUGUGGUGGCUUUCUCCCAACUGGAGGCGCUGGGAGCCGCGGGGGGGAUGCGCGGAGCCGCGGGGGGGUGCGGGGAGCCGUGGGGAGCCACAGGGGGGAUGCGCGGAGCCGCGGGGAGCCUCAGGCGGGAGGGCGCAGGCUGAGUGACUCCUGUCUGCGUAUGUUGCUCGUCUUUCAAGUGCUGCCAGACUACUGGUGGUGUGUUAAGUGCUUCCUGUCUCCUGGCAGCUUGAGCUCCGGCGAGGAGGAGGAGGGUGGCGAGGAGGAGUCCAGGAAGGGGUCAGGAGCAGCUGGGGACCGAGCGGCAGAGGAGGAGGAGGAGAUGGAGCUGAGGCUGGCGGAGCUGAAGGCCGAGGAGGUGGCUGAGCUGAAGAGGAACCCGCCGCCAGAGGCCAGGGCUCGGAAGAAGCGGCGGAUGCUGAAGAAGAUGGAGCAGAUGAAGAAGAAGGCGGAGGCCGUGGUGAGCACCGUGGAUAUCUCGGAGCGUGAGAAGGUGGCCCAGCUGCGGAGCAUCUACAAGAAGGCUGGCCUGGGGAAGGAGAAGCGGGAGGUCACCUACCUGGUGGCCAAGAAGGGGGUGGGCCGGCGCGUGCGGCGCCCCGCGGGCGUCAAGGGGCACUUCAAGGUGGUGGACGGCCGCAUGAAGAAGGACGUGAGGGCUGGGAAGGGCAAAGAGAAGACAAAAUGGCGCCGCAAGUGAGGACUCUCCCCAAGGGCUGGGCGGGGUGCAGGGGCCCCAUGUGCCAGCCCUGGCCCCGACUCCCUGGCUGACUGUGGCAACCUCUCCUUGAUCGGGGCUCUCCAUCCAGCCAUGUGCGCAGGAUCAUGAGGUCACUUCCUGUUGGUAAUAGAGCCACUUCCUGUCAGCAGCCACCUGGGAACCUGCUGCAUGGGCUUUGCCAGCGCCCUGCCCGGGCUCGCUCUGCUCCGGUGAUUGGCUAGCCCCGGCCAUGUGGCUCCUGUGCUUACAUCACAGCGGCGGGUUCUGGGCAAAGACUCUGCACGAGGAGGAACCCGCCAGGAGCAGGGCUGGUACCUGGGCUUCCGGCUCCAAGCUGAGCCCCGUGCAGCCAAGGCCCAGCCAGUUGCAGGGCCUCCUUGGAGCCGGGGUCUGAGCAGGUGCCUGGUGGGGGGAGGUCUCUGGGAAACAGGAGCCAGCGCUGGGUGGGGGAGGCGUCCUUGUGCCUGGGCCUUUCUCAUCCCCCCCUGGCUGGUCUCCCUGGGGCAAGCUGCUCUGGUUCCCGCUGAAAUUAAACCCUGUUCUCUGGG